AUGCCUGGCCCUGGGGCCCGGCCCUUCCACCCGGGCUGGGGUCGGCCAGUCUUCAGCCGCGCUCAUGGGAAGCUCCCCCUGGUCUCCAAGACGCUGGCCGGCUCUGGCCCCCGCACCGGCGAAGAGCCCUGUGAGGAAGUGCGGGGUGCACUAGCCAGAGCCGGGCCCUGGGCUCGGCGCGGCCCUGAGAUUGCAGGUUUCUGGCGGGAAGUUGGCGUGGCCUCCAACCAAACCCUGGCUCUGAAGACCCCGGUGAAGCUGGAGGCCUUGUUUCUGAGCGUGAGCGAGGACAAGCUGACCGUGAAGGCCGCGUACGAGAGCUCCGGGGGCUGCGAGACGGAAGUAAUGCAGAGCUCGGAGAGAGACGUCGCGGGGAAGUUUGUUUUUCCCGGCUCCCGGGAGGUGCACGUGGUGGACACCGACUACGAGCGCUACGCCGUCCUGAGGGUGGCGCUCCGCUGGCGGGGCAGGGAGCUGCACGUGUUCAAGUACUUCACUCGGAGCCUGGACAGCGAGUAUGAGCGCGGCUUCUGGAGGUUUCGGGAGCUGACGGCAGACACGGGGCUCUACCUGGGGGCCCGGCGCGGGAGGUGCGCCGCGCUCCUGAAGGAGGCGAGCCCUCGUCCAGGCGGCCCCUGAGUGGCCCCCGAGUGGCCCCCGGCAGCUCCAGGCCCUGGGCCUGCGGUGGUCACCCCAGGCUGCCUGGGACACUGGACAGGGAUCAGCGUUUGACCCUGGCACCCUGGUGCAGGCGGGGUGGCCUCCCAGCGCCUCUGCGCGCAGGAACGUCUGGAGAAGCCCCGGCCCGCCCCAGCCCCACCCCCCAAUAAAUGCCACUGUCUUUGCCCAAGCCCACCCUGCGUCUUUC